AUGGCCGGCCGCGGCAGUCGGACACGCGCCUGUAUGGUCUGCUCCAUCGUCCAACCCGCCACUGAUUUCUACCGUAACGGUUGCCCCAACUGCGAAGAGAUCUUGGGCCUACGAAACUCUCAAGAUGCGAUCCAAGAAUGCACUUCCCAAGUUUUCGAAGGCUUGAUUGCCAUGGGAGACCCCAAGACCUCCUGGGUGGCCCGAUGGCAGCGCCUGACCGAUUACGUGCCGGGAAUAUAUGCGGUCAAAGUCGUGGGAACGUUGCCGAGAGAAAUUAUCGAUUCGCUGGAGGACAAUGGCAUCAAAUAUGUUCCAAGAGAUGGAAGUGCGAUGGAGGAGGACAGUGUGGCUGCUUCAUGA